GGCAGAGCUGACCAAGAUGAUCCAGUCGACUAGAAAGAAGAGCCAGAAGCAUGUCGACGCCGAGAGCGGAGGCCCUGCCCACUUCGAACGUCCGGAGCGACGAACAGCAGACGAGCCACGAUACCCGCGAUACGAACAAUCCUUCGCAUGAUCGAUCCCAAACCACCACAGAAGGAGACAUCGAAAAGCCCCAGUCCAUAUACUCCUCCGGUGGCAGCAACCACGACAAGCCCGAACCACAAUCUGCUCAACCCAACGAUAACGAUCUCGAGACACAACUUCCAUCGAACAAAGAUGGACAAGAAGUCGAAGACCCAAACAUCAUCUUCUGGGACUCUUCAACCGACCCCUCCAACCCCCAAAACUGGUCUCCAACCAAGAAAUGGUCACAGAUCGCCCUCGUCUCUCUCAUGUCCGUCCUUACACCACUCGCAUCCUCCGGUUUCGCCCCGGGCGUGCCGCAGCUGAUGCAAGAAUUCGACUCCUCGUCCAAAACAAUCGCCACAUUCGUAGUCUCGGUCUACGUUCUAGGCUUCGCCUUCGGUCCGCUCAUCGUCGCGCCGCUGUCGGAAUUGUAUGGCAGGCUUUGGGUGUAUCAUAUCAGUAAUAUCGGAUUUAUUGCCUUCACGAUUGCGUGUAGUCGGGCGCAAGGCGUGGGAGAGUUGUGUGUUUAUAGAUUCUUUGAGGGUGUGUUCGGGGUUACACCUAUUACGAUCGGAGGGGGAACGAUUGCGGAUUUGAUAAAAGUUGAAGGCAGGGGAGCGGCAAUGGCGAUUUGGUCGUUGGGGCCUUUGGUGGGACCUGUCGCGGGGCCCGUUGCUGGUGGUUUCCUGUCGAAUGCGAAGGGAUGGAGGUGGAUGUUUUAUGUGAUCGCCAUGGCUGCGGGAGCCAUCGAGGUCCCAGCGUUCUUGCUUAUGAAAGAGACGUACGCUCCAACCCUACUGGAACGGAAGACAAAACGUCUUCGCAAGGAAACCGGCAACCAGGACCUGAGAUCGAAGUUGGACUUGGGCCAAACCCCGAAGGAAAUGUUCCGCCUCGCGAUCGUUCGACCGAUGAAGCUACUGUGCCUCUCGCCAAUCUGCACGCUGAUGUGCGUGUACAUGGCUAUCAUCUACGGUUUCCUCUACCUUCUCUUCACGACCUUCACAUACGUCUUCACAGGAGACUACGGGUUCUCCUCUUCCAUCGUAGGGCUCGUAUACCUUGGACUGGGCGUGGGCAACUUCAUCGGGCUUGCGGCACUUGGGUACUCGUCCGAUCGACUCAUCAAGCAUUUCCAGGCAAAAAACAACGGCAUCAUGAAGCCAGAAUAUCGACUUCCGCCGCUCAUCAUAGCUGCACCGCUCAUCGGAAUCGGGCUGCUCAUCUAUGGAUUCACUGUCAAGUAUCACGUGUUCUGGUUCUGGCCCAUAUUUGGCACUGCAUGGGUGGGUAUCGGAAUGAUCAUCGCAUUCAUGGCGGUUAUGACUUACUUGGUCGACGUAUACGGAGUCUAUGCUGCGAGCGCAGUAGCAGCAAAUACGAUCCUGAGGUCAAUCUUUGGAGGUGUGUUCCCGCUCUUUGCUUUGCAGAUGUACCAAGGAUUGGGGCUUGACUGGGGAAAUGCUCUGCUGGCAUUCCUUGCGUUCGGGAUCAGCCCGAUUCCGGUGCUGUUCUGGAAAUAUGGUGAGAGAAUUCGAACGAACCCGAAGUUCCAGGUGAAAUUGUGA